CCUGCCCGGCCUGCCGGCCGCCCAGUGGCCACCCGGCCCCCAGCCCGGCCCAUCGCCCGGCCCGCCUCCUCCCGACCCGCUGCUCCCUCCCUUCCCCCUGCCGGGAUCUGGUCGGCCUACUUUCCCCCACCCCAGGCCAGGCCAGUACCAUCAAGAAGGCAAAUCUGGGCUCCGCCCCACCAAGAAAGAAGAUGGGACCCAAACUCGAACUCACAGAGGACCAGAAACAAGAAAUUAGAGAGGCAUUUGAUCUCUUUGAUACAGAUGGAACCGGGACAAUAGAUGUUAAGGAGCUCAAGGUGGCCAUGAGAGCUCUGGGCUUCGAACCCAAGAAAGAAGAGAUCAAAAAAAUGAUAUCUGACAUUGACAAGGAGGGGACGGGAAAAAUCAGUUUCAAUGACUUCUUGGCUGUGAUGACUCAAAAAAUGGCUGAAAAGGAUACCAAAGAAGAAAUUCUGAAGGCUUUCAGACUCUUUGAUGAUGAUGAAACCGGAAAAAUCUCCUUCAAGAACUUAAAACGUGUGUCCAGAGAGCUAGGGGAAAACCUCACUGAUGAGGAACUGCAGGAAAUGAUUGACGAAGCUGAUCGAGAUGGAGAUGGAGAAGUCAGUGAACAGGAGUUCCUGGGGAUCAUGAAAAAGACCAGUCUCUAUUGAGGUCAAUCUCUUCCCCUUUUGCAGGCACAUACAAAUAGAUUUUCUGGUUAUGAAGGUUCCUUGUUUUCAUUUUUUGAGGCAUCACUACAGUACAUAAAGGCUGAUUUUCCCCUUCCACUAAUUUAUCUAGAAAAUUACAUUGGCAAAUACUUGACUCAGUUGUACGUUUUCUAAAGAAUUCUAAAAACAGUUCUAGACAAAAUGC